CUUUACCCCUGAGGGAGCCCUUCCAGAAAUUCUCGAAGGCCUGGGCUGAACCCAGGCCUAAGAGGGGGUUUGGAAAUAGUUUUCAACCAGCAAUAGACGCGUCUCGGUUAGAACCUCACGGACUGCGUCAUUGCCCCAAGCGCAAAGAUGGUUGGUUAUGUCUCACCCAUCUAAUUUUAUAGUCCUCAGUUACCUCCGCUACCUAAUCUAUUAGCGAUGUGGGAUUCUAGUUCUCACCUCAAACCAUGCUGGUUCUGACUUUUGAGUACCCCUUCACAAAAACGUGGCCUGAAAGUGAAAAAAGGCUCAGUGGGAUGUUUAGGAAGAACCGUAACGUUCUCAUCAAACAUCCUUUUGGAUCUGAAUGAUUUAUUUGAAUGAUGGGCGAUGGUAAAAGCAGCUCUCUCCUACAUUUCUCAUUGCCCUUUGGUUCUAUACAAACUCUUCACACACAGAAAAAUCCACAACGCUCUUUUCCCUCAAGAACCACUCGUUUCCGCUCUCAUUCUUGUUUUAAACUCUUGCUCUUCUAUUUCAUACUGCCGGGCAAUUCAUGCCCGCGUAAUCAAAUCUGUGGAUUAUAGCGAUGGGUUUAUUGGUGAUCAGUUGGUGUCUAAGUACGUUAAAUUUGGAGGUGCAGAAGAUGCACAGAAGUUGUUUGAUGAAAUGCCGCACAAGGAUGUGGUCUCCUGGAAUUCUUUAAUUUCUGGGUUCUCGCAAAUGGGGUGUAUUGGUAAAUGCCUAAGUACACUUUUUAGGAUGAAAUUUGAGAUGGGAAUGAAACCUAAUGAGGUCACACUUUUAUCUGUAAUCAGUGCCUGUACUGAUUUUGUAGUACUAGAUGUAGGCAAGUACAUUCAUGGGUAUGCACUGAAGUUAGGAAUAUUGUUGGAAACUAAGGUUGGCAACUCUCUCGUUAGUAUGUAUGGGAAGUCCGGGUAUUUAGAUGCAGCUUGUCGAUUAUUUGAGGCAAUGCCUAUUAGGAAUAUUGUUUCAUGGAAUUCAAUGGUUAUGAUUUAUAAACAAAAUGGGUUUGCGGAGGAGGCGGUUAGUUGUUUUAGUUUGAUGAGAAUGGCUGGAGUUGAGCCUGAUGAAGGUACUAUUGUGGUCUUGCUUCAGGCUUGUGAAGAUUUAGGUGUAGGAAAACUAGCAGAGGGCGUUCAUGGUUUAAUCCUUUGUUAUGGUAUCAAUGCAAAUGGAAGAAUUUUGACUGUGCUUUCGAAUUUGUAUGCAAAGUUGGGGAGAUUAGACACAUCAUGGAAGGUUUUCAGAGAGAUGCUUAGUCCGGACAGAGUAGCUUGGACAGCCAUGCUUGCUGGCUACGCUGUGCACGGGCAUGGAAAGAAAGCAAUGGAGAUCUUUGAAAGCAUGAUUAAGGAAGGCUUGGAGCCUGAUCAUGUUACCUUCACACAUCUGUUAAAUGCUUGUAGCCAUUCAGGGUUUGUCAAGGAGGGAAAGUAUUACUUCAAGAUCAUGUCUGAAGUAUAUGGAAUUGUACCCAGAUUGGAUCACUAUUCAUGCAUGGUUGAUCUUCUUGGUCGCUCUGGUCUUCUGAAUGAUGCUUAUGAGCUGAUUAUACACAUGCCAAUGGAACCUAAUUCUGGUGUCUGGGGAGCCCUCCUUGGUGCUUGUCGGGUUUAUGGUAACAUUGAGCUGGGAAAAGAAGUUGCAGAGCGACUAAUUGCUUUAGACCCGUCAGAUCCCAGAAACUAUAUCAUGCUUUCAAAUAUUUAUUGUGCUGCUGGUCUAUGGAGAGAUGCUUCACAGGUGAGGACUUUGAUGAAGGAUAGAGGUCUCAUCAGAACAUCUGGAUGCAGUUUUGUUGAACAUGGAAACAAAAUCCAUCGCUUUGUAGCUGGUGAUCGAUCUCACCCUGAGUGGGAGAAGAUAUAUGUAAAGUUGGAAGAACUGAUCGAAAAGGUUCGGAGGGCUGGAUUUGUGUCUAAAACUGAAUUUGUUCUACAUGAUGUUGAAGAGGAGAUUAAAGAGGAUAUGAUCAAUAAACACAGUGAGAAGCUAGCCAUUGCAUUUGGGCUUUUGGUGACCAAUGCAGGCAUGCCGUUAAUUAUAACAAAGAAUCUUAGAAUAUGCGGUGACUGUCACAGCACUGCAAAGUUCAUAUCACUGGUUGAGAAGCGUACUAUCAUAAUACGAGAUCCAAAGCGAUUUCACCACUUUGACAAUGGACUCUGCUCUUGUGGUGACUAUUGGUGAUACUCUCCUUUAUUGCAUGAUUUACAAAUUACAUCGUGACUGUCGUGUAACGAUCACUGAAAUGCACAAAACUUUUGUCUAUGACAAGUAUUGCUUGGCUAUAUAUACACGAAAUCAAAUUUUUUACAAUGAUUACAUUUUAAUUGGAUUAAAAUUAGAAGAUGCUAGCUACCAGUCCAGGCUAAUGAUUUAACAAAAUAGAAUAGCCCAAAUAGAACUAAAUUUGAUUUUCCUUUUCUUGACAGUGCCCUAGAUGCAUAUGUUGAAAGGAAUGAGCAAUGCCAAAUAGAUGGCACAAGAUUCUGUUGGUAUUCGUUUACAUCUUCAUGUGAAGGAAGUGGCUCAAAUGCACUGGGUAACUGAUCCUAAAGAAUAACUGUGUUGGGUGACAUUGAAGGUCAUUUGAAAAAUAUGGCAAAAAUGUCUUUCAGAUGGGACAUAAAACUAACAGGUUUCCUCCUCCCUAGCCAGAGGAAGGCUUGGGUGGCUACUCUUUCUGACGGUAACAACAAUUUCUAUUGCAAACAAGCAUUAUUCAGUGCUGUGUUUACACUUGAUCUGUAGGUCUAUCCCAAAACUCCGUCCACCAUCUUGCUCAGCAAGUCAAACUUAAAAUUGAGCUCCAAAUGCGCAAGGCAAUCAUCCUCCGUCACCUCAAUUUCAUGCACCCCUAAUUCCUCCAAGAAAAUUGUAACUACAUGAUGAGCGGUUAUUUCAAACAGUGCUUCCACUUUGGUUGUCACCUUAUUAUUCUCUGCUUGUCGUUGAAUCUUCAAAUCCUUCUCCAGUGACAACCAAGUGUGGUACCCUGUUCUGUUUUCCAUCCAUCUCGAUUAAUUAGCAUGUUGUCAUUGAAUCUUCCCACUACGUAGAGCAGGUAAGGCCCAAACAAGAUACCUAUGCACAAGUUUAAUUGUGUGUUUGUGUAACGGUCAGGUGACCAAAAUAUAUUGAAGUUCAUGUAGGAUUAAUCCUAACCUUUACAUACAUAUUUAAGGUUCUUUGUAAGUUGUAACAUAUACAGCUGCUAAGGGCUUUUUCUAUGAACAUAAGGCCGUCAAGCGGAAUCUUCUA